UGUCCAUUCAUCUUUCUAUCCUUACUUUAUUUAUAUGCUACACCCUAAUCAUUAUCGAUCCAUCAUACAUUCAUAACAUUUUGGCUGAAAUCAUUGUUCUUUGUCAUAGCACAUCUUCACUGUAUACUGCUUAACAACCAAUGGCUGAAGUCAUUGCUUCUGAACUCAUCAACAUUGUUUUAGGUAAGCUGGUAGAUGAAGGAGUGAAGUACAUCGUCCGGGCCAAAGGAAUUGAGUCCGAGCUCAAUGAUUUAGGCAACAAAUUGACCAUUAUACAAGCUCUCCUUACUGAUGCUUCUGACAAAGAAACUGCUGAUAAAAGUGUUAAAAUAUGGCUCAACAGACUUCAACAUCUGGCUUAUGAUAUUGAUGAUGUACUUGACGGUUUGGCAACCAAAGCCAUGCAUCGUGAGUUUAAUACUAGCAAGGUAACAAAACUCAUCCCAACUUUCAAACUUAGUAAUAAACUGCGUCACCAGUUAGAUACUAUUGCCACUAAGUUACGACAACUAGAAGAGGACGCACAAUUUCUGAAAUUGGUUGUGAAAGAUGAAAAGCCCAAAAGUACCGAGACCAUGGAAAACUUUAGGACGAGUAGAAAAAACGAAACCUCUUUGCCAGAUUCAUCUGAAAUUAUAGGACGAGAAGGAAAAAAAAAGGAAUUGCUUGGUAAGUUGUUUGGAGAUGAGCCAUGUAAGGAAAACUUUAGUGUUGUACCUAUAGUUGGUAUGGGUGGGGUUGGUAAGACCACUUUAGCUAGAAGUUUGUACAAUGAAACAACGGUGAAAGAUCACUUUAAACUCCAUGCAUGGGUUUGUGUUUCUGAUGAUUUUGAUGUUUUUAAGAUAACUGAAACCAUCUAUCGAGAGAUGGCCAGUGAAAACAAGGAGUUUAAAGAUUUAAAUGGGGUUCAAAGGGCUCUUGCAGAACAACUUAAGGAGAAACGGUUUCUACUAGUGCUAGAUGACAUUUGGAGUGAAAAGUAUGUCGAUUGGGAGAUCCUAGUAAAGCCGUUACAUUCGGGAGCUCCUGGAAGUAAGAUAAUUAUCACAACCCGAAAGGAGGGUUUGCUGAAACAAAUAGGUUUUGAUCAUCCAGAUAAGUUGGAGAAGUUGUCACAUGAUGAUGCUAUGUCUUUACUUGCUCGACAUGCAUUGGAUGUUGAUAACUUUGAUUUACAUACCGAUCUGAAACCUCACGGUGAAGGUAUUGUGAAAAUGUGCGGGUGUUUGCCUUUAGCUUUGAAAGUGAUUGGAAGGCUAUUGAGGACAAAAACAAAUGAACAAUCUUGGCAGCAGGUGUUAAACAACAAGAUAUGGCAAAUUGAUGAUAAUAAUAUUGUUCCAGCCCUUAGGCUAAGUUACCUAGAGCUUUCAGCAUGUUUGAAACAAUUGUUUACAUACAACUCCUUUUUCCCCAAGGACUUUUUGUUUGACAAGAGGGAGUUGGUUUUGUUGUGGGUGGCAGAAGGUUUCAUUAAACAAUCGGCUGGAAGCAUGUUAACCGAAGAAUCGUUGGGCCAUAAAUAUUUUGAAGAGUUGUUAUCGAGGUCAUUUUUCCAGCAUGCACCUAACGAUGAAUCAUUGUUUGUGAUGCACGACCUCUUGAAUGACCUGGCCACAUUUGUUGCUGAAGAUUUUUUUCUCAUGUUGGAUGAUCAGACGAAGACGGAGACUUUGGCAAAAUACCGACAUAUGUCAUUUAUUCGCGAGACAUAUGUUGGUUACCAAAAGUUCGAGGCAUUUAAAAGUGCCAAGAGUUUGAGAACUUUUUUGCCGGUGUCCGUUGGGGUGAAAAUAAGUUCAGAUUGCUUCUACUUAUCCAAUAAAAUCUUGGUCGAGCUACUUCCUGGGCUAUUACUGUUGAGGGUUCUUUCUUUAAGCGGCUUUGAAAUAAGUGAGGUACCUGAGUGCAUUGUUCGUUUGAAGCACUUGAGGUAUCUUAACUUAUCGCAAACCAAGAUCAAAGAACUACCAGAAUAUGUGGGCAAUCUUUAUAAUUUACAAUCACUUAUUGUUUUUAGUUGUGAUAAAUUAUGUAAGUUGCCCAAAAGCUUUUCAAAGCUUAAAAAUUUACGACAUCUUGACAUUAGGGAUACUCCAUUAUUGAAGAAGAUGCCCAAAGGAAUUGGUGAGUUGAACAACCUAGAAACGCUUAGCAAGAUAAUCAUUGAAGGAGAUGAUGGUUUUACAAUAAACGAGCUCAAAGAGUUAAAGAAUCUGGCAGGAAAUAUUGAAAUUAUGGGGUUGGAUAAAGUGAUAGAUGGUAGGCAUGCACAGGAUGCAAACUUAUUGAGAAAAAGGCUUACAGAGGUAAGGCUCGUAUGGGAUGAUGUAGCUAAUGAUUCUCGAAAUGAAACACUUGAAAAUGAGGUCUUUAAUGAACUGAAGCUUUCUAAUGAUGCUUUGAAGAUACUCAAAAUCAAGUCAUACCCGGGAACAAAGUUUCCGAACUGGGUUGGUGAUCUCUCAUUUUACAAGUUGGUCUGUGUUUCGAUAUUUGAGUGUAGAAACUGUAAGUCUUUACCAACACUUGGGAGGCUACCAUCACUAAAGGACUUGUAUAUCAGAGGUAUGGAUGCGGUUAAAGUCAUAGGUUUGGAGUUACUUGGGUCUGAAGGUGUUUCAUUCCCUUCGCUUGAAGUUCUAAUUUUCCAGUCUAUGUUGGGGUGGUGUGAAUGGUCGACCUAUGGCGGGGAUGUUGAUGCAGUAUUUCCAUGCCUCGGGGAACUUCGUAUAUAUGAUUGUCCUGAAUUGGUUGACAUCUCACUUCAAGCACUACCUUCGUUGAGAGCUCUAGUGAUAGAGGGAUGUGGUGAGGGUGUGUUGAGAAGUUUGGUCUGUGUAGGUUCAUCAGUCAAUCAUUUGGAAAUAAAGAAUAUUGCAGGGCUUAGUGAUGAGGUGUGGAGUAGAGUUGUUAUGAAGAAUCUCGGGGCACUUGAAUAUCUAUGGGUCAGGUGUUGUAAUGAAAUAAGAUACAUGUGGGAAUCAGAGGAAGAGGCAAAUAAGGCUCUUGUGAAUUUAAGGGCGCUGGAAGUAGAUGGCUGUUCAGAAUUGGUGAGAUUAGGAGAGAAAGAGGAGGGGGAUUGUAGAGGCAAUCUGCUAACAUCACUUAGGUUUUUGAGAAUAAUAAACUGUGAUAAUUUUAAGGAUUGUAAUUGUCCAAGUAGCAUUGAGGGAUUGAGUAUAAUUAAAUGUAGUUCAGUUGCAAGUGUCUCCUUCCCAAGAGGGGAAGGAGAAGAAGAAGGAGGAAUGGAGAAGCUCAAGGUACUUGAAAUUGAAGAUUGUAAGGAACUAGUUGUAAUUGGAAUGAAAGAGAAUAUCAACAACAAAUCAAUGCUUGAAUGGGUAAGAAUAUACGGUUGUCCAAAUCUGAAAUCAAUGAAUGUAUCAUUGAACUCCAUUCACCUCACCUUCUUGUCAAUAUGGGAUUGUAGAAACAUGGAGUCAUAUCCUGACCUUGACCUACCAAAUCUCACCUCAUUAACAGAUCUUAGAAUCGCGUAUUGUCCAAUUAUGGGUGCUUGUUUUCCACCUGGGAAUUGGCCACCCGAAUUGACUAUUCUUAAAUUAGGAUGGUUGAAGAAACCCAUAUCAGAGUGGGCCCCUCUUAAUUAUCCAACCUCCCUUGUUGAGCUAGCAUUAUACGGCGGAGCAAAUGAUAAUGAGGUGAGGGAUUUGAGUCAAUGGUCUCCUCAUCAUCUUUUCCCUUCAAAUCUUACUAAGCUUAGAUUAGGGGGAUUUGAGAAACUGGAAACUGUUUCGGAGGGACUCCAACACCUCACCUCCCUCCAACAUCUGGAAUUUUGGAAUUGCCCAAGAUUAAAAGAUCUACCAGAGAAAUUGUUACCUUCACUCUUGAGUUUAACAAUCGAUCUAUGCCCAAAACUGAAAGAAAAGACAAGUAAAAGAGGAGGAGCGUUCUCCUUCAAGAGCUCCUACUGGCCCAAAAUCUCCCACAUCCCUUGUAUUAUGAUAGACGGUGAAUUACAAAAUUAAUAUAUAUAUAUAUAUCAAGGAAGGAAGCAAAGUUAAAUUGGUUGAUGGGUUCGCUUAUAAGGUGGUUGAGACCAAGACUGACAAUUAAACAAGCGACAAGAUGAUUUAGCGUUAAGCCGAUGUACUCUUUUAGAGGUUACAGAAUGACAGGUUGGAUGACGGGGCAUACUAUUGUGUUCAAAAUGGGUGUUUUGUGUGUUGAUGGUGACAACAGAGGAAGGUCUCAAUCUAUGAGUUUUCAACAAAAGUCUGGCCAGAUUUUUGCAGUGUAACAAUCAGGAGAAUGCAGUAAAGCUUGCACAAAUGCUAUCUAACACAGCUAAUGACAGUUGAAGUCUAGAUGUGAAAUUGUGAAUGUAAGUUCUUUUCACUCGACAUUGUUUGAUAAUCCCGUAAGAACCAUGUUUAAAUUAUUGGCCUUCAUGUAAUGCAUAUAUGUGGGAAUUGUUUAUGAAAGCAACAAUGGGUUCCAUAUCUAAAGUUGCUUUUCGAAAUGAUCUGCUUAGCUUGAGUGGUUCAAGUGAAAAAGGUCUUAUAUUUAGUAAUGUUUUCAAUAAUGCGUGUGUGUUGAUGCUUAAAAAGUAUGUUAAUAUAACAUUGAAGUAUUUAGGACUGAUAUACAUAACCCAAAUGAUCCUUUUAUAAGUUAUUGGAUUUCAUUCUUGUUUUCUAGAAAAAGAAAAGAUUUGUGUAUGAUCACAAAUGUCAAAGUGCACAUUUUAACCAGAUAAUGAGGACAGCAAUCUACCAAGGUUUCUACUUUCUAUAGGACAACGAUCUACCAAGAUUUCUGCAUAUCAAUGGCAUGGAUCUUGAUGCACCUUUGAUGAAAACACUCAGACUCUUUCUUGCAGCCUCAGUGAUUUUGCAGAUAGUGAACUAAGACAGACAUACUAAAGAUGCAGUAUCUUCAUGCAGCUUUGACAAAAACACCAGACUUUUGCCCGCAGAUCCAGUGGAUGCAAAGAUUUGGCUUGCAGAUGAUAUUCUACCUGAUUGAUAUGAUUUGAAGGAAUGGGAUAUUGUAUCUUACCAGACGAGACAUCUGUAAUGGAAAGUUUUAAGCCAGACUAUAGCUGAUUGACACUGUUUUCUUCUAGUCAAAGAGCCAUUCCAAAUUUUACGACUUCUCAGGUUGGGAAAAAAUCAGGACAAAACAGACAUUUAAAUAGCAAACAGAGAGAAUUGAUGAAGGCCACAAUUACGGUCAGGACCAUUAAUUUACCGUGGCGACGUAAAAUUGGUAUCUGAUGGUCUUUUUGGGAGAUUUCUUGGCAUCAAAUUACUGAUGAGUUCGGAUUAUAAAGCGUAAUAAUUAAGUUUAUUGUCCUGAGUCAUGAAUAUACCCCCAGUGCAAAGUAUUGGUGUGAUUGAUUCUAGGCUUUAGCUGCUGAGGAAAACCUAGAAGCAUAUUUAUGCUUUAGUAAUAUUUUCAUUGUAAUUACCAUACUUUAUAGUAGUUUUCGUGUUAGAGUGUACGCUUGGAUUGUAAGUUCAUUUGCAAUUACUCUGUAUGUAUAUGUAAAAUUUUACGUAAGUCAUGUUUAAGGGAGUUCUUUUUAUCCUUGACCAUAUGGUAAAAUCAAUAAACGAUAAUUUACCGUUAA